AAUCCACAAAAUCUCUUUCCCCAUCUUCUACUCGCUUCUCUUCCUCUGUACCCGGGCUUCCCUCUCUGUUUUUGGCUUCCCGACUGCUCCUCGCCGUCACCAAUCACCGCCGCCAUGGGAGCUCUCUCCGCCGACCAGCUCAGCUUGUUCGCUUCGCAAGGUUACCUCGUAGUUGAAUCUUUCGCGAGCUCGGCGGAGAUUGACGGCAUGAGGAAGAGAAUGGACCAGUUGCUUCACGACUUCGACUGCUCCUCUGCCAUGAAUCAGCAAAAGGAAAUGAACGAGUUCAUGUACGAGAGCGCUGAGAAGGUUUCUUUCUUCUUUGAAGAGAAAGCGUUUGAUGAUGAAGGGAACUUAAAGCAGCCAAAGGAAGUGUCCAUGAGUAAAGUUGGCCAUGCCUUGCAUGAGCUCGACCCUGUAUUCAAAGACUACUCCCGUUCUGAGAAAAUCACAAGUGUGUUACAGUCCUUGGGCUACAAGAGGCCAGUCAUCAUUCAAUCGGUAUAUAUUUUUAAGCAACCAGGCAUUGGGGCCGAAGUGCCGCCUCACCAGGAUAACUCGACUCUGUACACCGAACCGAAAACCACAUGCACUGGUCUGUGGCUGGCGCUGGAAGACGCUACGACUGCUAAUGGCUGCAUGUGGGCGAUUCCUGGAUCUCAUCGAAAUGGGCUGGUGAGAAGACUGAUUCGAGGGGAGCAAGGGCUCCAGUUCGAUCAGCCGUCGCCUUCUUAUGAGCAGUCGGAUUUCGUGGCUAUUGAAGCGAAAGCCGGGUCAUUGGUCUUGAUUCAUGGCGAUCUCGUACAUCGAAGUUUCGAGAACCAGUCUCCGAAGUCGAGGCAUGCUUUCAGCGCGCAUGUUGUGGACACUGUUGGUUGCAAAUGGUCGCCUGACAAUUGGAUUAGAAGGAAAGUGGAUCCAGAGCCUCUCUACUCAUCUUGAUCUGCCAAGUUUUUAGUUGAAAUUGGGGGAAAAAAAGGGAUGGGCAGAAGAAAGAAAGACCAUCGCUGGCUGCCGAAUAUCCCUGGAAACACUUUGUGAGAUUGGAGGAACGAAUGAAUAUGGUGGUUAUCAUAUCACAUAGUGGCCACUGGCCACUCAUGUUACCUUUCUAUUAUGUAUUUUUCUCCGACCUACUAUAUUUUAUAUCAAACUUGUGGCUCUAUUAUAAUAAAUUUUCAAAGAUGUCAUUCUGUUAGUUUUUUCCAUACAAAAACCGUUAAGUAUGCUCAAAAUGUAGGGGUGAGCAUGUGGGUGGUUAAUCCGCGGAUUGAUUACGAUCCAUCCGCAAAUAAUCUGACCUGCACGCAAUGGGUGAUUGAUGUGAGUGAAUUGCGGAUUGAUAAAUCUUCCACCGGCACUUAUGUGGGUGGAUCGCGGGUCACCCGUAUGAACCCGCAUCCUAUUUUACAUGAAAAAAUGUUGUUUUUUUUAUAGUAUAGAAUAUUCAUCAUAUUUUCGAACUGCACUACCGUCUGAUCAUAUACUUCAAAAGGUGGAGAAUAAAGAAUAGUUUUGACU